CAUAUUUGGAAACAAAUGACGAUGUGACAUGACGCUAAUAAAUCAAAAAUAAUUUUGAAUACUUUAUAGUGAAAACUGCAAAGGAUUUUUGAUAAUAAAAAUAUGCUGUGCCCUGAAGCUUAUCUAGUGCAAAAUGAGACAGUUCCUAAAGAAGAAGAAGAAACAUGCCGAAAGAAAUGUAAAAAGAUACCUGGUGAAGGUACUGGCAGCUUAGAAUUAAACUCCUACAAAAAUCCCAAAACUUGGAAGAAGUCUAUAUCUAAUUUCUUUCGCAAUCAGCUUCGUCCAACUAAAUCGAACGAUGGAGAUCGGCCAUCAGGAAGCAAAGAACAAUUCGAAGAUAAAGAAAUAAGUCCAGAGCAAAAAUGGCAAUCUUUAGGGAAAAUAUUCAGGCGCCAAAGUUUUGACCACUACAACAAGUCAUCAAAUCAGCAAGGAGAAUGUUCAUCUCCAAACAAACGUCUUGCUGUGAAAAAAGUGUUGUCAAGCUAUUUCGGAAAAAUCAAAUCUUCGUCUGCUACAAAUGAUAAAUAGAUUAAAUUUUGAGUAAAGAUUAAAGUUUUUUAAACAUUUU